AAUGUCCAAAGCACACUUCCGUAAUAAAUACACCUACUACUGGAUGAGAAAUUAAGAAAAAAAAUUUAAGAUCAACAAAGCCAUAAAAAGAUCAUGUCGAUACAGGAAGUUGAUCAAACAGAAUUCAACGCUCAUGAUUUUGUUGAACGUCUAGCCUGGAAGGCUGUCGGAGGAGCUGCAGUCGAUAGUGAGGAAAAGACUAAAUUCAACCCCAUGAAGUUGCAUUCGAUCUUUCGAAAGAUGAUUAAAGAUUUAAAUGAUAAAAAUAAAGUGGUAUCUAGAGAAAUAGAAUCUUUAGAGCAGGAUUAUAAAGAAGAGGAGAAACAGCAUCACAAUCGUAUUUUAGCGCUUCAAAAGGCUAAUGAACUAUCGUUUGAUAUGUUAGCUAAGCUUGAUGACAAAAUUUCGUUUGUAGCAACAAAAGUUGUUCACGUUGGUGAUCAGCUUGAAAGUAUAAAUACUCCUAGAACAAGAGUUGUAGAAGCAAAGAAUACUAUGACACACUUUCGAGAUUUUCUAAUUGGGUUACAAAGUAAUUUCCAGAUUACAUCGGACUCUUUAGAUUGGAUUUCAAAGGCUCAAAUAAUUCAAAAGUUAAGUUCGGUAGCUAGUGAAUUACCCAAUGAAAAAAAAUUUAGAGAUGCAAAAACUAGAAUAGACGAUAAAUACGAAGAAAUGGAAAAAUUCCUAUUAGCAAGAUUUAGAAAUAAUCAAGUAAACGGAAAAAUUAAAGAAAUGAGUCAAGUUGCAGAGGUUCUAUAUAAUUUUAAGAUUCCAAUGGGUAUUGGAAUUUACGACCAAAUACCCAGACUAUGCGAAAGGACGAAAGAACAAGCGAUUGAUGUUAUAUUUCCCAAUUCCGAUACAGUUAUGACAAAAUUUCUGGCAAAGUUAUACGAACACAAAUUACACUCAUAUAUUCAUGAGAGAUUAGAAUAUAGUAAGAAAGAAGGAACAAUGGCCUAUCUCGAAGAAUUGAAAGUAUUUUAUACAAAUACUAUAGCAUUAAAUGCAAAAUUAUCAAUUUAUAAUCCAACAAACGAUCCGAAUCUCCUUGUACGAUUAACGAAUAAAAUAUUUUCGUUGAGUUUAAGGGAUUACGCCGAGAGAGAAAUCGAAAAUUUAAAAGAAAAAUGCAUUCAUAUUAAUAGAAAAUUUUACGAAGAAAAAAGACAUCAAAAGAAGGUUAUUACAUCGGGAGGUUUAUCUGAGUUUCGCCGUGAUAUUCAAGAAAUGAUUGGUACAAAAGCUAACUUAGAUUUCGGUCUUAAACUUGAAAAUUAUGGAGGAGAAACAUUUCUCGAUGAUACCGUUUCUGCGAGUUUAAUUCAAGAGACGAAAAGUGCCAUCACCCGAUGCCAAACUCUAACUGGAUCUACAUAUCAAGUUGCUCUUCAUGUAUCAAAACUCUUUAAUGUUCUCCUUGAACAGCUUUGUGUUGAACACAUUGCUUAUGCAGUUGACCUUGGCGUUCAAACUGUUCCUCUAAGUGAACAAAAAGUCCAACCUCAAGUUUAUUUCUUUAUGAUAGUCAGCCAAACAAAUGCUAUGUUUACCUUAUUUGAAAAGUUUUUCACUGAGACUGUCGGACCUGUUGUCCGAAAUGAUCUUAAAGCGUAUGAGGAAUGCGACAGGAGAAGAAAAGAGAUAAAAUCAAUUAUUGAAAAAAAAUUAGAGGGUGGAAUAAGAAAAUCUUUAAAUGCUAUCUGUGGUUGGAUAAAAAAUUUGUUGUUAGAGCAAAAGAAAACAGACUUUAGAGCCGAUUUAGGCGCAAGCGUUAUUUCAACUUCGAUUUGUCAGAAAGUGAUAACUUAUUUGGAAAAAGAAAUAUCUGAUAUAAAUAGAUGCUUAGACGGUGAAAAUCUUUAUGCAACUCUCCAAGAGCUAGGAAUAAAAUUUCAUAGUACUGUUUACGAUCACAUAUUGAAAUUUCAAUAUGAUAAUACGGGCUCUAUGGUGCUUCUUUGCGAUGUUAGAUCGUAUAGUGAAACUUCUAAAAAGUUCAACAGUUCUAUUGUUAAUCAACUCUUUCUUACUCUGUAUCACCUCUGCAAUUUAUUAUUCUGUCCAGUUUUCCAUUUUAAAGACAUGAUUGAGGAUAACUUAGAACUGGAUUACUUGGACAGAAAUACGAUUAUGAGUUUUAUUCAGUUGAGAAUGGAUUACAAAUCUAUUAAAGAUGACGUAAAUAUUCAGAUCUCAUCUAUAAGAAGUAGUUGA